AUGUUGGUGUACACUGAUCUUCUCACCGGUGAUGAGCUUCUCUCUGACUCAUUCCCUUACAAGGAGAUUGAGAAUGGUAUUCUUUGGGAAGUUGAAGGAAAGUGGACUACCAAGGGAUGUGUAGAGGUUAACAUUGGUGCCAACCCAUCUGCUGAAGAAGGUGGUGAGGACGAGGGUGUUGACGACUCUGUUGAAAAGGUUGUUGACAUUGUCGACACCUUUAGACUUCAGGAGCAGCCCACCUACGACAAGAAGGGGUUCAUCGCCUAUAUCAAGAAGUACAUCAAGCUUUUGACACCCAAGCUCACCCCUGAACAGCAAGAGGAGUUCAAGAAGGGUAUUGAGGGUGCUACCAAGUUCCUUCUCCCCAAGCUCAAGGACUUCCAAUUCUUUGUUGGGGAGGGGAUGCACGAUGACAGCACUAUUGUCUUUGCUUACUACAAGGAGGGUGCAACUAACCCAACAUUUUUGUACUUUGCACAUGGUCUGAAGGAGGUCAAGUGCUGAGUGAGAAGUUUUCGUUGGGUUUACUAUGGUCGGGUCGCAGCGACUCUCUUAAGUUUAUGUUUCUUUUAUGUGUUUUGUGUUUCGUACGUCCCCCUAUUAAAAUUGUCAACCAGUUUGGUCUUGUUUCUUGCGUCUUGUGUUCUGUGUUGGGAGAUUGUUAAGUUAUUUGAUCCCGAAUACAACGGUUUAUCAAUUACUACUUGAAUUUUGGUCCUCUACUUUUCUAUCUUCUCUAAAUUUUGAUCUUUUGUUUUGCUAAUUUAAGCAUUGUUAUUACUUAUUCAAGGUAAGCCUGUAAAU